GGGCGCCGCGAGCAGCUUGGCUCCGCGCAGGCAGCCAGGCGGCGCUCCUGCCGGCUCCGGGCGCGCCGCUAGCCCGGCCCAGCGCCCAGCCCGGCGGGCGGCGGGCGGCGGGCGAGCCGGCGCAGGAACGGGCGCAGGGACAGCGGCAGGGGAGCCGCGCCGCCAGGGAGGGAAGCCGGGGCGAGGCGAGGCGGCGGCGGGAGGAGGAGACAGCGGGGAAAGGUGUCACAUAAAGGAAGGCUCUUCUUCGCUUGGGAGGCAUCAUGGCCGCUAAGUCAGACGGGAGGCUGAAAAUGAAGAAGAGCAGCGACGUGGCGUUCACCCCGCUGCAGAACUCGGACCACUCGGGCUCGGUGCAGGGACUGGCUCCGGGCUUGCCGUCGGGGUCGGGAGCCGAGGACGAGGAGGCGGCAGGCGGCGGCUGCUGCCCGGACGGCGGCGGCGGCUGCUCGCGCUGCCGCUGCUGCUGCCGCUGCUACUGCUGCUGCGCCGGGAGCGGCGGCUCCGGGGGCUCGAGCGGCCCGGGCGGCGGCGGCGGGGCGGGCUCGGCGGCGCUGUGCCUGCGCCUGGGCACGGAGCAGCGGCGCUACUCGCUGUGGGACUGCCUCUGGAUCCUGGUCGCCGUGGCCGUGUACUUCGCGGACGUGGGCACGGACAUCUGGCUCGCCGUGGACUACUACUUGCGCGGGCAGCGCUGGUGGUUCGGGCUCACGCUCUUCUUCGUGGUGCUCGGCUCGCUCUCCGUGCAAGUGUUCAGCUUCCGCUGGUUUGCGCACGACUUCAGCACCGAGGACAGCGCCGCCGCCGCCGCCGCCGCCGCCGCCGCCGCCGCCAGCUGCCCGCAGCCCGGAGCCGACUGUAAGACGGCGGCCGGCAGCGGCUCUGCAGCCGCGGAAGGCGAGGCUCGCCCUUCCACGCCGCAGAGGCAAGCGUCCAACGCCAGCAAGAGCAGCAUCGCCGCCACCAACAGCGGCGGCAACAGCAGCGGGGCCACGCGGGCCAGCGGCCAGCGCAGGUCUGCGUCCUGCUCCUUCUGCCUCUGGCUCCUGCAGUCGCUCAUCCACGUCCUGCAGCUCGGGCAGAUCUGGAGGUAUUUCCACACGAUAUACUUAGGUAUUCGAAGUCGACAGGGCGGAGAGAAUGGCCGGUGGAGGUUUUACUGGAAGAUGGUCUACGAGUACGCAGACGUGAGCAUGCUGCACCUGCUCGCCACCUUCCUGGAGAGCGCUCCCCAGCUGGUGCUGCAGCUCUGCAUCAUCGUACAGACUCACAGCCUGCAGGCCCUCCAAGGUUUCACAGCGGCCGCCUCCCUCGUGUCCUUGGCUUGGGCCUUGGCCUCCUACCAGAAGGCCCUCCGGGACUCUCGUGAUGACAAGAAGCCCAUCAGCUACAUGGCUGUGGUCCUCCAGUUCUGCUGGCACUUCUUCACCAUCGCGGCCAGGGUCAUCACCUUCGCGCUCUUCGCCUCGGUUUUCCAGCUCUACUUUGGGAUCUUCAUCGUCCUUCACUGGUGCGUCAUGACCUUCUGGAUCGUCCACUGUGAGACAGAGUUCUGUAUCACCAAAUGGGAAGAGAUCGUGUUCGACAUGGUGGUGGGGAUCAUCUACAUCUUUAGCUGGUUCAACGUCAAGGAGGGCAGGACACGCUGCAGGCUCUUCAUUUACUAUUUUGUGAUCCUUGUGGAAAACACGGCCUUGAGUGCCCUCUGGUACCUCUACAAGGCUCCCCAGAUCGCGGACGCAUUUGCCAUCCCAGCGCUGUGUGUGGUAUUCAGCAGCUUUUUAACUGGCGUUGUUUUUAUGCUGAUGUAUUAUGCCUUCUUUCACCCCAACGGACCCAGACUCGGGCGCUCCCCAAGUUGUGCUUGUGGGGACCCCGCCGCUGCCUUCACGCCGUCUCCAGAAGUGGCCACGAGCGCCCUGCGGUCCCUCUCCAACACCCGCAGUGUGGCCGGCGACCGCGACCAGAAAUUCGCAGAGCGGGACGGGUGCGUGCCUGUGUUUCAGGUGAGACCCACGGCCCUGUCCACCCCGUCCUCUCGCCCACCACGGAUUGAAGAAUCUGUCAUUAAAAUUGACCUGUUCAGGAAUAGGUACCCAGCAUGGGAGAGACACGUCUUGGACCGAAGCCUCCGAAAGGCCAUUUUAGCCUUUGAAGGUUCCCCGUCGCCUCCGAGGCUGCAGUACAAAGACGAUGCUCUCAUCCAGGAACGGCUGGAGUACGAAACCACCCUGUAAAGCAAGAGGGCUCGGAGGGGCCGCAAGCUCCAGACCCAGGGGUGACAGCCGGGCCGCGGUGAUAAUGAAACUCCGCCCUGGAGUAGGGCAGCGAGCUGUACCGGUCGCAGUCUGACCAUCAUCAGGAUGCGUGCCUGGCCCUCCAUCAGCUGACAGCCUGCCGCUGGCCUCCUUGGAAAAAGCAGCCCAGAGACCCUACUGCUCCACCUGAAGGGAACAGGCCAGCUCAGUAGGACCCGUUGUUGCCAGCAACCCCUCCUGCCCCGCCUUUCAGCACAUCCACCUGAGGGUACUAUUAUUAUGGGAAAUGUUGCCUCCGAUCAGUAGGGUGUUUUGAUGGAGUUAACUGAUCUUUGCAUAAAAAUAUACUGAGUCAUACACACGUGUACACACACACACACACACACACACACACACCGAUCCUGUCAAAAUAGCUUAGGUGAUUUCUUUUGAUGCAAAGCUGUGAUUCCCACGGGAAUAUAAAAGCAAAGAGAGAGAAAACAUAUCCCUCAAGACUCCAGAAAAAAAAAAAAAAAAAAAAGUAAAGUUUAGAAAGAAUGCAUAAACCAUUCUCACGUGAAAACCUAUCCCAUGCGUGAAAAGCCUAUCCAAUGGACAGAAAACCCAAGUGUGUUUACGCAUGUAUUAGAAUUGAUGGAAUGGUUCGUUUUCAACACGUCAGGAUUUUUUUUCAUUUUAAAUUUUCCGUUGAGAACGUCUUUCAUGACAGAUACCCCACGCAGCCCAUGGCUGGCUUUUGACGAGACCAAGGAGCUAGAUACCUUGGGGAUGAAAGUUCACUGAUAAUCAGGAUGCAGUAUUCAAUUGCCAAAAUUUGAUAAAACCACGAAGAGGAAGCGGGAGAAAAAGGCAAAAUGAGCGUCUGAUUUCCCGACCUGUGCAGCUCACAUGGGAAGGUCGAGGCAGAGCGGAGGGAGAGCCGGGCUGUGCUCAGGUCCAGGAGUGGAGGCUCUGCGUGAGUGCGGAGAGGCCGGAUUCCAGAACACGCCGCGCCACACCCUUCUAGUGCCAAACACCGUCCAGCACGGGACUGACGGGGACGCCCUGAAGGGCUGAGCAUGAGGCGUGAGCCCCACGAAAGCGGAAGAGAGCACGAACAGUCAAGUUCUUCGCUGUGUACAGACUCCCCCCUCCCCCAUCCAAGGUCAAAGUGGUGUGUCUUUUAGAGGCUUUGGGACACAUUUUAGUAAGUAUGAGCAGACAGAUGCAGUGAAUAUGCUAUAAGAAAACCCUUCUGAACCGAUUGAGGGCUUAUCACUAGAUCCAGCUAAGAUUCGUAUUUGAGUCCUUUGUAAAGUCGCACUCUUACAACAAGCUUCUGGGUUUUAAAUACCUCCGUCCAGCAAGUAAACGUUCCCCACUUUCUGUUCCCAGCGUCCCCCAGUCAUGGUGCUUUUUGUUGCAUUAAAAGUGCCGGUCAAACUUUGAUAGUAUUUUUUUAUAGUUGGUGCAGAGUGGAAUAACUCAUGGAUUAUUUCAAUAUUUUUGUAAUAAAAAAAUAUAGGGUAUACAUAUAAGCAUCAUCACUUUUUUUAUAGACCUGGAAUCGUUUAAAAUACUUUAAGCAUCAUAGUUACUUGGGAUGUCAGAAACUGGUCCACAGAUCCCAUCAACCUGCCUCGGCAGGUUAAGAACAUGCGUCUCUUGCAAGAUCACCCUACUUUACCAUGUUGGUGCCCCCAGGAACCUGGCCAAGGGUGCUAUCAGAGUAUCAGGGGACAAGAGAGUCAGCUUAACUAGAAAGGGCUUGUCAAGACUGGCCAAUGUUUCCCAGGAAAUCAAAGAUGUAAGUGAUUACUUUCUUCCAUCUGUUAUGACAAACCUGACCACAGUGGAAGAUGUCUUAAACUUCCUUCCCUGGUUUUAUAUUAACCCAACAGAUAUACUAAAUAUUAGUCAAGUCACUUAAAAAAAAUCAGUGUAACAUAUUCAGUUUUUUGGACUGUCCAAUUAACUUUAAAUAGUCAAGGUCUAGAGCCACCACCUGUAAUGGGUGUAUCCUAUGGAGACCGCUGUCCCUAUGAUGACACCCACAGGAAGUGACAGAGGGCUCGACCUAGGACUCCUUUUGGUACAAAGCCCCAAAGCAAUGUCUUAAAAAAUGGAUGAUUUUUAUCAGUAGACAUAUUUUCCUAGUACUCCAUGAUUUGAUCCUUCAAGCAAGAGUCCACUAAAAGAUAAUAGUCUUUUGUUUGGAUGUGAAAACAUUAUCUAGUCACCAGUAGAGGCCCAGGAAGACGCUCUUCUUGUCGGCAAUUAGUGAAAACAUCCCACCCCCAACUGUAGAAGGAAAAAAAAGAUUAUAAUGGCAGAUUCUUCACUUUGGUGCCGAACCACGAGUCACUAGCUUCAUUAAUUAAUGAUCUUUGGAAAUUGAAUUGCUCAGUUGAACUCUACCUUUGAUUCCACGAGUAAAUAAUAGAUUAUAAUAAUGUCAGUCAACAAACACAACAGAUCCCAUCACUCUUCAAUCAUGUAAGUCCUAAAUUAUUUCUCAACUUGAUCCUUCAUUUAACAAGUCAAGAGUCAAAAUAGGUGCUGUGUGGCUAAAAAAUGACGUACCGCGCUUUGUCUUGGAGGUGAGAAUGCAGUCAGGAGGGUGCAAGCAAGAAGUUUGAAUUUUUCAGUGAUUUCCCAAAUACUGUAAAUACUCUGUUAUCCAGCAUACUUGAAGAUUUUGAUGUUUUAGUCAAAAAUUCUUGUGAAGGCAAUGACAUCUCCACCAUGUUAUAAAUUACACACUUUCUCAAGAUUACAAACAAGAACAACAACAUUUUUACUUCCGAGGAGAAUCAUGACGUAAUCUUGCUUCCAUGAUUCAUAAAGUGGUGCAUUGCCAUCAGACUGUGUGGUGAUGAGAACGUGUAUUAGUUUCUAGAUCCACCGAUAACAGAGAGUUUAAAGUAUUAGGAUUUAAAGAGACAUUGUCAACAUACAAAGGAACAAAGUUUGAUUUUCAUAUGUAUAGUUUAGUUCUUCCUAAGAUUUUAUUUUCAAUUUACCAUUACAACGUCCACUCCACGGAGAGUACCUCAAGAAUCCAAAAAGAGCUAGCCGUGGUUAGCAUACGAAUUGGAAACGCUGGAUUAUUUAUCUGUGGGCUCCAACUAACUUCCUGGGCUGGGUCUACUUGGGUCCCCUGUAGGGGGUGAGGGGUCUGUUCUUAGUGCUUGAUUUUUGCAUAGGACCAUGAAAUUUUCUAAAAGAAAAUAUUAUAAAUUUUUUUCACUUCUAAAUUAGCAUUUCUCAACAAAACCUUAUUUGAAAUGAAGGACCAUAUGUAUCUUAACCACACUGAGACUUUAAGUAUUUGUGUGGAAGAAAAACAAUUUUUUUCUCCAUGUAAGUCAAAGUUUGAUCCCCCAAAAUGACUAUGUCCUUUAAAUCUUCUCCCAUUUCCAUUGUCCUACUUAACUAUGUACUAUCUAGUUCAGUAACCUUGACUUUGCAGACACUUUGUUCCUAUUCCUUUAUGAUAUUGCUGUGAACAUGACAAAUGAAAUAAAUUUUCCUACUGACAUGGCAAGAAUAUGCAAUUCAAGUAUUAGCAAAAGAGAAAAUACAAAGAUAAUCUGAAGAUAAAAUACAUUGAAGUAUUUAUACUUAAUUUCUAAAUGCCCAAUUCUUUUGGCUCUAUGAAUAAAUGAAGUAAUUAAACCAAUUAAAAGUGAAUAGGAAUAAUUGAAAGCUCAAUGACUUUUUAA